AUGUCAGCAGCAAGCUUGAAGACUGUUUGGGGAGUGACGCACACUGCCGAAUCCAGACAACGGCAGAGACAACGACAACAGCAAGAACAGCAACAAGCCAAUCAUUCAGCCUCCACAGGACAUUCUCACUAUGUCUUGGCCGUGGUUCCGAAAGCACUGGGCAUUCCCUUUUUUGAUCCAGUCCACGACGGUUGUCUAGAUGCUGCUGCCAAACUGUCUACUACUAGUAGUACUACUACAGUGGAAUGCCUGUUCGUCGGUCCUUCCGUUCUCGAUGGACACGAACAAGCCAAAUUGGUGGAAGCGUUGCUCAACAACACAAGCACAAGUACUACUAGUGCUACUACUAGUGCUAGUAACAGUACGUAUGGCCCAUUCCCAGCCAUUGAUGGAUUGGCCAUUUCCGUGGAAGACGAAACCCUCUUGACGCCCUUGCUAAAAAGCGCUUCCAGUAUUCCCAUUGUCACAUUUGACAGUGAUGCUCCCGAGUCGGGACGCUCGCAUUACAUUGGCACGAACAAUUCCUUCUUGGGCAUGCAAUUGGCACGCGCCAUGGAAACACUAGUGCCGGAUGGAGGAUUGUUUGGCGUGAUUUCCGGCAGUGCGCCCAAUUUACGGGAACGAGCCGAUGGCAUUCUCGCCGAACUCCAUCAUCAUUCCAAUUGGCAUCAUCGAUGGAAUGCGUUCAAAGAUAGUCCGUUUGAUGCGCAAUCCAAUGUGACACUUGCGCUCCAACAAUUGCGGACGUGGGCCACUGCGGAUGAAACGCCAGUGGUACUCGUCAGUGUCUUUGGAUUGCCCAUGCAAAUUGUCAACGACACAAACACACAACAAUCCUCCAUUCCAUGGAAACAGUUUGUCGACGAGGUGGCCCGUGAUCGGAACAUUACCCUCCUCUGUGCGGAUGACUUGCCACAUCAAUUGGAACUGUUACAGAGUGAUUAUGUCGAUGGACUAGUGGGACAGUUGCCCUUUGAUAUGGGACAACAAGCCAUUCGAGUUCUCUAUGAGCAAUUGUUGAUUGUCAAUGAUGGCAGUGACAAUGUCAGCGAUGAUGACUACAUUAUUGGCACCAACGUCAUUAGUCACACUCACAUUCCACUCGAAUUACCAGAAGUACAAGUCAACAACAAUCUCAUUGGAAAUUUGCAAUAUGUCGGAUACACACUCUUUGCCAUGGUGGCCAUUACGGCACUGGGAUUUGGGACGUGGGCAUUUUAUCGCCGCAAAGUGCGCGUCGUGCGAGUGGCACAACCUCGCUUUCUGAUUAUGAUUGCCGUUGGUGUCCUAAUCAUGGCAUCGUGCAUGAUUCCACUGGGCAUGGACGAUGGUGGCGGUGCGCAUGCCGAUUGUUUUGACGGUGACGUGCAAUUGGGAGAACGAUGUACUGCCAUUUGUAUGAGUGUCCCGUGGUUGGGAUCCAUUGGAUUCACCAUUACAUUUAGUGCUCUCUACAGCAAGACACGUCGAGUCAACAAGAUAUUUCAUUCCAAUACCGCCUUUGGACGCGUCAAGGUAUCGGAACGCGAUGUGUUGGUCCCAUUUUUUGUCUUGUUGUGUCUCAAUGUCAUUAUUCUCGUGGCAUGGACAUUGAUUGAUCCACUCACGUACAUAAGGGUUGCCAAUUACGGACGGGAUGGAUGGAAUCGAGUCAUUUCGACCUAUGGAGUGUGCAGCAGUGAGAAAAUGGAACACUUUUUGAUUCCGCUGGCCAUUGUCAAUAUGGGCGUCCUACUAUUGGCCAAUUGGCAAGCCUACGAAGCACGAGAUAUCGAAUCCGAAUUUGCCGAAACAAAGUGCAUCUCCAUUUGCAUGGCCAGCAUGUUGCAAGCCAUGGUGACGGGAAUCCCAGUCUUGUUUGUGGUGGGCGAUUUGCCAAAUGCCUAUUACAUUGUCUUGGUGCUGCUCGUGUUUGUCAUUAGCGUGGUCAUUUUGGGAGCCAUCUUUGUUCCCAAGAUCUAUUUCACAUACAAGUAUCUACGAAUGAGUCCCAGUGAUCAAAAGAGAGUCCUGACCGACAUUAUCCGCAAGACGGCCAAGUCCACGUCCGGUCCUCGAUUCAGCGCGGGCACCACCGCGACGGGGCCCUCGUCGCCUUUUGGACGACAACAAGGAUCCACCUACACCACGAUUACACCUCCACAACAACCAACGUACCAAGCAAAUAAUGGUAAUGACGACGACGCAACAAAUAAUAAUGACAGUCCCGCAGACGAUGACCCCAACGCGAGACCCGAAAGCACCUCGGAAUCCAAUGCUUCGGAUGAAUCGGGGAUGGUAUUCUUUCGCAAGUCCACGCCGGGAUUUCCACCUAGCAGCAUCAACUAUAAUGCUGCCCUGCAACAAGGAGGACACUAUCCGUCUAGUUUCACCAGCAGCAACAGCAGCAGCAUUCAUCCCAAACAACGCACCAGCAAAGUUCAGUUUCUUCAAGAUCAACCGCAGCAGCAGCAGCAACAACCGUUGCCUGGAUCUGUCGGCCAAACUCAAAAGACGAGAACGAGUGUUCAUCAUGAUGUGAUUGAAGAGGGUGAUGAAGAUGCUGCACACGAAGCAGAACUUGGUGUAGCGGAGGAGGCGGCCACGCUACCCAUGCUGUCCGAGUCUGCUGAGUUCAAGUCGAGUUGUUCGGAGGAAGAUGGCUACGUGACGGCCGACUCUUUGGCGUUUGUCAGCGAAUUGGAGGCAAUCACCAUAGUGGAAGCUUGAGCAUUAAACGGCCGGUGGAAUCGAGCGACCAAGCAGCAAGCCUCUCAUGCGUAAUCGUUCACGAUUGUCGUGAAGCUCAAACCGGGUCGUUGCCGAGACCUUUCAUUUAUUUGCUGUCAGUUUCUCACGAGAAGCGAACGAGUUUGCGCAAUGUUGUAACCACUAUUCUGGCCACGGCUAGCGGAAAGCAAACAGUAGAGCCCGUACCAGGUAAUAGGGUCGGGCGGGGCAGCAGGUAGUCAAGCUUGCAUGCAGACAGCAGUCUAACUUCCGG